UCACAGGAAGGAUUUAAGUCCCAUCUCUUGCUACACACAGCACCACACAAUAUCAGGUGCAUCUGCUGCAAGCAUGAUUAAGAAAAUGUCACCGCCAGAGAAUGAAUUCGACAUACCGGCCAAGAACUGCUACAGGAUGGUGAUUCUGGGCUCCACUAAAGUUGGGAAGACAGCCAUCAUUUCUCGGUUUCUGAACGAGAGGUUUGAUGACCAGUACACACCCACCAUUGAGGACUUUCAUAGGAAAUUCUACAGCAUCAAGGGAGAUGUUUACCAGCUGGACAUUUUGGACACAUCUGGAAACCAUCCCUUCCCCGCAAUGAGGAGACUCUCAAUUCUUACCGGUGAUGUGUUCAUCUUGGUAUUCAGCUUAGACAACAGAGACUCCUUCGAGGAGGUGCAGCGCCUGAAACGCCAGAUAUUUGAGACGAAGUCCUGCCUGCGAAACAAAACCAAGGAGAACGUGAACGUCCCGCUGGUCAUCUGUGGCAACAAGUGUGACAAUGACUUUUACCGUGAGGUGCAGGAGGACGAGAUCGAGCAGCUGGUUGGUGGAGAGGAGCACUGUGCGUACUUUGAAAUCUCAGCAAAGAAGAACACCAACGUAGACCAGAUGUUUCAGACUCUCUUUACCAUGGCUAAGCUGCCCAACGAAAUGAGCCCCGACCGUCACUGCAAAGUUUCGCUGCAGUACUGUGAGGUUCUGCACAGAAAGUCCUUCAGAAACAAGAAGUGCAAGGACGGGAACGCUUAUGGGAUUGUUGCGCCGUUUGCGCGGAGACCGAGCGUGCACAGUGACUUGAUGUACAUAAAGGAGAAAGCUGUGGGAGGCAGCCAAACGAAAGAGAAAGGCUGCAUCAUAUGCUGACCAUUUUUGGCCAGUUUGCAAAGACUUUCUCUCAGACUUUCCAGAGCUGAAGCGAUGGCCAGUCAUUCUGCAUACACUGUAGACUUCAGUGCCUCAAGCGACAUAUAGGUUGAGAUCCAAACAGUGCUGAAAACACAGGGCUGAUGGCUCAUAGCUCAUAAGCCUCUCCCUGUAGAUGCUCUGAAAAUGUUGUAAAAUCUGCUACUAAAACUUGCCAAAAUGGCACUUUAGAAAAAAUGUUUACAUUUUGAUUUUGAUUUUUUUCCAAAAUUGGUGGAACUUGAAUGUUGCAUUAUGAACAAAUAUGAACCUGAAUGUGUAUUUAUUAU